UGGAGUUUGUAAUAUCCAGUAUGGAGGAGGUGUGCCCAGCUGUAUCGAAACCUCUUCAGAUGGGAUACAAAUAUGAAGAGGGGGUCUCAGAACGGUUGUGUGAUGAUGAGGAUGAGAAGAAUCCCUCACUACAUAGGGUCUUAUUUGGUGGGCAUACCAUGGAGAAAAGAAGUGUGGACAUUAAGACAGAGGAAUGUGAGUGGCAGCCUGCACAACUUAAGCAGGAAAGUGUCCACAUUAAAGAGGAGGAGUGUGAAAGAGAGCUAACAGACCUGAAAGAGGCCGAGUCUCACAGCGCUGACAUGCAGACAAAUGAGACUGUAAGCCCGAUAAAGACAGAAGACUUUAAAUCAGAGUCUGGCACAACAUCAUGUUGUCUAAACACAGAAGUAAGUGGAUUCGGCUUUACAGCAACUGGUCACUGCUCUCUACAGCAUCAUCCUGACCACGUGAAGUCCGAAUAUAUGGAGUCAGAUGUGAAAAGAACUGCAGAUGCACCUGGUUCAAGUGAUGCAAGAGGAGAGGUUCAAGACAGUGGAAGUUUCUCCUUAAUUUCACAAGCUCCGAUGCCUCUUCAGUGCAGAUCAGAAGAUAAACCAGAUGAUGAAAAUAUGAAGAAAUCAACAUAUGGGCCAGGUAGUUUGAUACCGGAUUUAUUGCAAGAUAGUUCUUUGCCUGGUGGGAAACUGAAGAGGACGGAUGACAACAACACUCAAGUACAGGUCCACAGUACAAUUUCAGCAACUUUGUUAGACUGUCAAGAACAGAAGAAAAGUGUUAAGAGCAAAGCUGAAAUCAAAGACAAGCAGAGUUAUUAUUCAAGACAGAAGCUGUAUUGUUGUUCAGAGUGCGGAAAACAGUUUUCUACCAACAGUUAUCUACAGACUCACACAAAAAUUCACACCGGAGAGAAGCUGUACUGCUGUUCUGAAUGUGGCAAGUGUUUUUCCACUAGCAGUAAUCUUCAUAUUCACAAAAGAACUCACACUGGGGAGAAGCCAUAUCAGUGUUCUGAAUGUGGCAAACAUUUCUCACACAGUAACAGUCUUCGGAAACACACACGGAUUCACACUGGAGACAAGCCAUACUGCUGUUCUGAUUGUGGCAAGCUAUUCUCUAAUAGGAGUAGUCUUCGGGUACACAGAAGAAUUCACACUGGUGAGAAGCCAUAUAGCUGUUUGGAAUGUGGCAAACUCUUCUCUGACAGCAGUAGUCUUCAAAAACACACAAGAAUUCAUACUGGAGAGAAGCCAUAUCACUGUUCCAACUGUGGCAAGAAAUUUUCUAUUAGGAGUCAUCUUCAGAGGCAUACAAGAACUCAUACUGGAGAAAAACCAUAUUGCUGUUCUGAAUGUGGCAAAAGAUUCUCUGUUAAGAACCAUCUUCAGAAGCACACUAGAACCCACACUGGAGAGAAACCAUAUUGUUGUUCUAAAUGUAACAAACAAUUCUCCACCAGUAGCAUACUUCAGAAACAUGCCAGAAUUCACACUGGAGAGAAGUCUUAUUGUUGUUCUGAAUGUGGCAAACGAUUCUCUGUUAGGAGCAGUCUGGAAAUUCACUCGAGAAUACACACAGGAGAAAAACCAUAUUGCUGUUCUGAAUGUGACAAGCAAUUCUACAGUAGAAGCAGUCUUCAGACUCACUCACGAAUUCACACUGGAGACAAGCCAUAUUUCUGUUCCGAGUGUGGCAAACAAUUCUAUGACAGGAGCUAUCUUCAGAUCCACGCAAGAAUUCAUACAGGAGAGAAGCCAUAUUGCUGUUCUGAAUGUGGCAAACGAUUCUCACACAGUUACAGUCUUCAGAAACAUACAAGAAUUCAUACGGGAGAAAAGCCAUAUUGUUGUUCAGAAUGUGGCAAACGAUUCACAGUUAGAAGCCAUCUUCAGAACCACUUAAGAAGUCACACUGGAGAAAAGCCGUAUUACUGUAUUGACUGUAAGAAACAAUUCUCAACCAGCAGCAGUCUUCAGAAACAUAAAAAAAUCCACACUGGAGAGAAGCCCUUUUGCUGUUCUGUGUGUGGCAAAGGUUUCUUGCAUAGGAACCACCUUCAGAGUCAUACAAGAAUUCACACUGGAGAGAAGCCUUAUUACUGUUCUGAAUGUGGCAAACAGUUUUCAUACAGUAGCAGUCUCCAGAAACAUUCAAGAAUUCACACUGGAGAAAAACCGUAUCGGUGUUCUGAAUAAUGUGGAAAACAGUUUUCCACCAACAGUUCCCUACAGACUCACACAAAAACUCACACUGGAGAGAAGCUGUACUGCUGUUCUGAGUGUGACAAGUGUUUCUCCACUAACAGUAAUCUUCAUAUUCACAUAAGAACUCACACUGGAGAGAAGCUAUAUCAGUGUUCUGAUUGUGGAAAAUGUUUCUCACGCAGUUACAGUCUUCAGAAGCACACGCGAUUUCACACUGGAGAUAAGCCAUAUUCUUGUUCUGAAUGUGGCAAGCAAUUCUCUGAUAGGAGUAGCCUUCAGGUACACAGACGAAUUCACACUGGUGAGAAGCCGUAUCAUUGUUCUGAAUGUGGCAAACUUUUCUCUGACAGGAGUAGUCUUCGGAAACACACAAGAAUUCAUACUGGAGAGAAGCCAUAUCAGUGUUCCGAGUGUGGAAAGAAAUUCUCUGUUAGGAGCCAUCUUCAGAGGCACAAAAGAACUCAUACUGGAGAGAAGUCUUAUUGUUGUUCUGAAUGUGGCAAACGAUUCUCUGUUAGGAGCAGUCUUGAGAUUCACACGAGAAUACACACAGGAGAAAAACCAUAUUGCUGUUCUGAAUGUGACAAGCAGUUCUGCAGCAGAAGCAGUCUUCAGACUCACUCAAGAAUUCACACUGGAGACAAGCCAUUUUUCUGUUCUGAGUGUGGCAAACGAUUCUAUGACAGUAGCUAUCUUCAGAUCCACACAAGAAUUCACACGGGAGAGAAGCCAUAUUGCUGUUCUGAAUGUGGCAAACAAUUCUCACACAUUAACAGUCUUCAGAAACAUAAAAGAAUUCACAAGGGGGAAAAGCCAUAUUGUUGUUCUGAAUGUGGGAAAAGGUUCAUGGUUAGAAGCCAUCUUAAGAUCCACUUGAGAAGUCAUACUGGAGAGAAGCCGUAUUGCUGUAUUGACUGUAACAAACGAUUCUCAACCAGCAGCAGUCUUCAGAAACAUAAAAAAAUCCACACUGGAGAGAAGCCCUUUUGCUGUUCUGUAUGUGGCAAAAGUUUCUUGCAUAAGAGCCACCUUCAGAGGCACACCAGAAUUCACAGUGGAGAGAAGCCUUAUUGCUGUUCUGAUUGUGGCAAACAGUUUUCAUACAGUAGCAGUCUUCAGAAACAUUCAAGAAUUCACACUAGGGAGAAGCCUGAAAAGUGUAAGUUGGGAGGAAAUGGAAGGUAGGAAGAGAAAGUAAGAGAAGGAAAACGACUUUAACAGUAUGAAGAAGAUUCAAGGAAGAAAUUCAUACCUGGCUGCUCAUCUCCAAGAAUAAAAAAGUUCCUCUCCCACCUCUGCAUUAGAGUAGGUGAUGGCGGUAGAGAUGAAGCAACAUUUUCAGAUAAAGGCAAGACCUGCAGUGUACCAGCCAUAUAGUGGAAGAGACAGCAGACUACUUAAAAAUGUAACUUGAAGAAAUUAAAAAGGACUUGAUACAGUCGAGUGGUCAAUUGAAGAUAAAGAGGAGACCAUAUAUUGUUAACUUUUUGCAUAUCAGACAGGAUGCAAGUCAUAGAAUAUCUGACAGCUGAUGAGCAACGAAGAAUCAGCCAGAAGUAAACUGCAUUCAGUGCCCAUAGACUGAGAGGAGCCAAGCUCAUUUAGAUCUGCAAGAAGAAGAAGACGAACAGAGAACAGCAGUGACAGCCACCAGAAAUGAAUGAGAAGGAGAGUUCUGGAUCACACAAACAGCAGACGGGCUUGCACGACUUUGGAGCAACAACAGAUGUCUGAUCGAUGUCUCAUCUUUGGUGUACCAUGUUGGAGUACCCACAAUGAUUAGUUGCCAAAAUACAAAGACUGAGAAGACUUCAUUCUGAUCUGCGAGAAGAAGAAGAACAGAGAAAAGCAGUGACAGACACCGGAAAUGAAGGAGAAGGAGAGCUCUGGAUCACGCAAAUGACAGAGUGACUUGUGCAACAUGAGACCAAGAACAAAUGUCUCAUCCUUGCUGCACCAUGAUGGAGUACCCCACACUGAUUAGAAAUGCAUUACGUUUACAUUACUUUUAAGUGCAAUAGGAAAUUUGAUACAGCACUCUACAAUUGUUAUGAUGUUGUGUAAUCAAUCAUUCUCCGCCAUUCCUAGUCAUGUAAUUUGAUGUUCUCUAGGCAAUGAGAUCCAGCAGAUUCUAAGUUUGACAUGAGCACUGACUAGAAAUCCUGUAGUGUAGCCCCAGCUUUAGAAGAGCUAAGACGAGGAAAUUCAAAGACAGCAGAGUGAAAGUCACAUUAACAACAACCAGACAUUGCAUGAGGUGGCCCCUGAUGUACAAGAAGCAGCAAUCCAGGAUCACAUAACAUAAAAACAGAAAUACACUGAAGAAUUUUGUUAUACAGAAUUAUAAAGUUUUAUAUCUAAUGUGAAUAAGGCCAUAACUAAAAUGAAGCAAAACCAUCAACAUAUAUUAGCCAGAACAACACUUCACAUGAUCUAAAACUGUGUGGUGGGACUGCUCACUUAUAAAGAAACGGUGGAAAUGAAAGCCUACUCUAACCAAACUUCAUCGAAUUAGAAAACAAAAAAAGCUGAGACACGGGGAGAUGGCAUUAAUGUAUGGAAGGAGUGCGGUCACAGAGUUCUUGUCUGAAUAGAACAACCAAAAUCACAAUAUUGCUCACCAACUCACAAUGACCUAACUGGACUUUAGUUUCUACUUCGCAUUAUUGCAGAAGUCACACUUGUUAUUGUAAAAUCCUGCAACUUAAAGUGGGAAAAUACCACAGCUGUUCCAACUGCUACUGCCAAUAUUAUGUCAUUAUGAUUUGUGCAUGCAAGGAGAAGCCAAUAAUAUGACCAGUCAGCUGUAAGCUGCAUCUGUUUGAACUUGUACAGUAGGAUCUCACACCUGAAUGAGGAGAUAAGAAAUAAAGGCAGGAUGAAUUGGUUUUAAGCUC